CAGAGUCUCCUCGCUCCCCGCCAUCACCAUCUAAACCUCUAGCCCUAGACCUUAUUGCGAAUUCACCAGGUCUCUUCUAUCCACCCUUCUAUCUGUGAUCCCCCUUCACUGCGAUAACUAGAAAGCCCCUCAGCUUCACACAAAAGGCUUCGUUGAUUGACCAUUCGAUCUACUGUCCACCUACAAUACGACUUUUUUUCAGUCGCAAUCGGCCUCAGAGCACGUCCGGAAAUAUCACUAAUUUCCGUCAUUGACUACUUCUCUCUCCCUACCUCCGACCACACCUUUGAUCACCCUCCAUCAAUCAAGCACCACGCUUGACUGCCUCGAACACUCUUGCAAUACGGUCAACUCUCGCAAGAUCUGCACGCUUCCCUCGGCCUUGAAACCCCGAUUUGUUGACUUGAUUGAAAUUCCAUUCUCCUGAAACUCCUACCCCUCCCUCAUACCCAUAUCACAAUGACCGACGCACUUGCUGCACAACUCGGCAAUACCAAGCUAGGAGAAGCUCCUACCGAGCAGAGGCUACAGGACACACUGAAUCUUCCCCCGAAAGAUGCCCGACCACAAACCGAGGAUGUUACCGCCACAAAAGGCCUCGAAUUUGAAGAUUUUUAUAUCAAGCGCGAGCUCAUGAUGGGAAUCUUUGAGGCUGGAUUUGAAAAGCCCUCUCCCAUCCAAGAAGAGACGAUACCGGUUGCCCUCACGGGAAGAGACAUUCUGGCCCGAGCCAAGAACGGUACUGGAAAGACCGCUGCUUUUGUCAUCCCCACUCUUGAGCGCAUCAAUCCUAAAAGCACUAAGACGCAAGCCUUGAUCCUGGUCCCCACACGAGAGCUCGCUCUUCAGACAUCACAGGUCUGCAAGACUCUUGGAAAGCAUCUGGGCAUCAACGUCAUGGUCACUACCGGUGGAACUGGCUUGAUGGAUGACAUUAUCCGGUUGAAUGAUGCUGUUCACAUUCUUGUGGGAACUCCCGGACGAGUACUAGACUUGGCCAGCAAAGGCGUUGCCGACUUGUCCGAAUGCCCGACCUUUGUGAUGGAUGAGGCCGACAAAUUGCUGUCUCCCGAGUUCACCCCCGUCAUUGAGCAACUCUUGUCGUUCCACCCGAAAGACCGUCAGGCCAUGCUCUUCAGUGCCACUUUCCCCCUCAUUGUCAAAUCAUUCAAGGACAAGCACAUGCGCAACCCAUACGAGAUCAAUCUCAUGGAUGAACUCACUCUGCGCGGUAUCACUCAGUACUACGCAUUCGUUGAGGAGAAGCAAAAGGUUCAUUGUCUGAACACCCUUUUCUCCAAACUCCAGAUCAACCAGUCAAUCAUCUUCUGUAACUCGACCAACCGGGUUGAGUUGCUUGCGAAGAAAAUUACUGAACUUGGUUACUCAUGCUUUUACUCCCAUGCUCGAAUGCUUCAGCAGCACCGUAACCGAGUGUUCCAUGAUUUCAGAAAUGGCGUGUGUCGCAAUUUGGUUUGCUCCGACUUGUUGACUCGCGGUAUCGAUAUUCAGGCCGUCAAUGUUGUCAUCAAUUUUGACUUCCCAAAGAAUGCUGAAACCUACCUCCACCGUAUUGGUCGCUCGGGCCGUUUCGGACACUUGGGUCUUGCUAUCAACCUCAUUAACUGGGAAGAUCGGUUCAAUCUGUACAAGAUCGAACAAGAAUUAGGCACAGAAAUCCAGCCUAUCCCUCAGAACAUCGACAAGAAGCUCUACGUGUACGACUCCCCUGAGAACAUUCCUCGCCCAAUCUCCAACCCCCCGCCUCAAACUGGGGCUGGAUCUGUAAACAUGGGCAACGGAGACCGUCAGCCCCGUCGCCAAAGCAACCACCCGAACAACGGACAAUACUACAACAACAAUCGAGGACGAGGCUCUUAUCGUGGCGGUCGUGGCCAAGGUCAGCGCCGUGGGCAACACGGCAGUGACCCCAACAGAAUAGCUUUUGCUCAAGGUCAAAUGGGUGGUCAAUCUCAAGCGCCAAUUUCCUAAGGACGUGCCACGGUGUAAAAUCAUUGGGUCAUCUUGACCCUGUGGUUUAAUUCUUGACUCGGCUUUGCAGCGAUCGAGCUUCUUUCACCUCCUCGUUACUCUAUCGGUGCACAGUCGUUCCGCUUUUGACACUUCUUUCUUUGCAGUAUCACUAUUUCUCUUCCUCACUUUUUCUUCCCCUGUUAUCCCCUUUUAUCUUUGCAGAGGUCUUGCUGGACUAUCCCGGCAUUUGAGUUUCUUAUCUGGUCAUAAUGAUACGGUUCUGGCGCGACACGUGUAUCAUAUGUUUCUUCUUCUGUUGUUCGUGGUUCCACUGAUUCACGGAUCUCGCCAUGAGUUGGAUUGGAACUUCGGUAUGAAACUCGUGCAUUUCCGGCGUCCACCAUGCUUUUCGCUCCUGCUUCGUUCCAUGAAGGGGUGUACAUAUGCCCAACGUGAUUGUUUGUUUUCUUCACAGAUUUGCAGGGCAAUUGGCGUUCAUGGUUUGGAUCUAUUGGUUGAUUCUCUGUGGCGUUCCACAGGAUUCGAAGAAGCGGUUUCUCUACAUCGAUCCCAUGCGACUUUUCCCUCAGUCGGUCUCUUUCUGUUUACCACGCUCCCAAUGUGUGACGAUUUCACCCUUUUACCUUGAAGAUCUCCAUGGCCCAUUUCCUUGUCGGCACUCCCCUGUUUAGCC